AUCAUCAUCGCUUUUGUGUGUGUGUGCGCGCUAGUGUGCAGACACCGGGGUGCAGACAACAGAGAGAACCCAGAGGGACAUGGACGAGAUUUUGUCGUUCGGUGGACCAGGGAAGUUGAAACUGGCAGAUGCCCUGAAAAAGGCGAAGUCAAAGAAGAAGAAAGGCGUGAAACCAAAGAGUAGCAAGUGGUCUUCUAGCGGACUGUCAGACUCAGACGAUGAAGGCUCAUCAGGCAAAAAUACGCAUACAUUCAGCUCUGGGUAGUUGUUUGUGAGUUUGUGAAGGUCUAGGAUAGUCAUGGAGUCCACUUUACCUACAACACUGGUUUGAAAGCUUCAUUUUUGUUGUUGUGGGUCAUGGAAUACACGCGUCAAUUACGAGGUAGCAAGGCAAAGGCAAAGCAAACAAGUCAACUACACAUACAGGUCAUCAUAAUAAUACUGGAGCUAUAUUAUGUACCACCCACUCCUCAGACUAUGGAGGGUCCAGGUGUCGACGAAAGAGACGGAACUCAGAGAAAAUGAGUGCAGCCGAUAGGUUCAGACAGAAGGCAGCAGUUCUGGAGCAGUGUGUGCAGGACACUCCUCCAGCUAAACAACAGGAAGAGGGGUGUGACAGCGGUGAGGAGAAGGAGGUGAAAGUGGUUUCUCCUCCAUCUCCCCUCCCCUCCCCACCUCCCCUGGUUCUCUACACCGAUGCACAGUCCAAACAGUCGAAGACCCUCUUGAAGGCGGACCAGCUCCUGAUGGAGUUGACUCAGCCUCAGCCACUGUCAGAGUUACUGGUGGAGCAGAACUCAGGACUGGAGGACAGCCUGGUGGCCACGCCCUCCUCCCUCCCUCUCACACUCAGGGUCCGCUGCCGGGGAAAGAUCCACCGCUUUGCCGUCAAUAAGGACGAUCCACUGGUGUUACUGUGUGCUGAGCUGGGGAAGGAGCUGGGGGUCAAAGGAGAGCAGAUCCUCCUCUCCCACCGCACAGUCACUCUCAGUACCACUGCCUCUCCUGCUUCUCUGGGUCUCUCUACUGUUGACAUCAUAGAUGCCAUAGUGGUGCUGGAGGAGCAGCUGGUGAAUGGAGGGACAGACGGUGCUACUCUCUCACUUGGCUCAGGGGACACUGUCUCACUCAAAGUACAGAGCUCCAAGAAGACUGCCACUUACUCCAUUGCAAAGACUGAUGCCUUGAGCAAGGUGAUGACAGCAUUUGCCGCUGUUCUGGAGGUACCUGUGAGCAGGAUAAAGUUCACAUUUGACGGAGACCCAAUCUCACCAGGCCACACCGCCACUGAUCUAGACCUGGAAAACGACGACAUAAUAGAUGCCAGACUCAUCAUCUGACCACACCCACCAGCCACCCUCUACUUUCUUUGUUUCACCACUCUUUCAAUGCUGCUUUUUGUUUUAGAGACACUUUCAAUCGGCUGCCAUUUUAUUUUAUCUCUGUCGCUUUGUGUGUAUUGCUACACUUUCUUGUGUUAUUACUCUACUGUGCUGUAUGCACCGGCAAAGAUGUAUAUACAAAGUUGAUCAUUCUUUAUGGAGAGUACAAAAAAAUUCAGUAUUAGAGGGAUGCACUAUUAUAGAUUAUGAUGAAGUGAGACAUAAAACAACAUAAACCUCGACACAAAUGACAGUCAGUGCUACUGCAUGUGGUGUAGGACUCGCACGUGGGUAAACUCAGUUUUCUCUUCUUACUCUGGGGUAUGGUAGAUACACUACAAUUGCUAGGAGUACAGUGAUUACUGCCAGAGCCACGACCACGCCUCCGGUUACACCGGGAUUUAGCACCAGUUUGUUGAGAGGAUCUAUCUGCACGUUAUCAUCGUCGUCGUUCAUACCGUCGUUUGCCGCUUUACAAAGACUGAGGCACAAAGCCAACAACAGCAAGCCUGCUUGUCGACUCGUCA